GCAGCGCAGCGCAAAACCAAUGGGCUUAAAACGGAGCUCAUCCAUGAUGACCACCUUGAGCUGGUAGACUGUGAAUCUGUGGAGUGUACAGCCACGCACAGCAGAGAUGUACCAAGAGGUGGCUUUCCUAGCAGGCAGCACCGAUCAUCAGUUUACCACCUUCCACUUUAACCCUUUGGAGAAUCCGCGUGAAAUCAGCAGCAAAAAAGGUGUGUUUUACAAACGCGCACAAUUGCAGUGCAAGCCCGGCGUACAGGAGCACGAGGUGCUCCGGAAUCGAGGAGCUGGAGCGGACGUGGGUGCUUUAGUCGACCGCACCGCCAUCAUCAACGUGGGUGGCAUCCGUUAUAGCAUACCAUGGUCCACUCUUGAGGAGUUCCCAUUGACGCGUUUGGGGAAGUUACGCAGCUGCAGCAAUGCCGAGGAAAUCCUCGAUUUGUGUGACGACUAUGACGCGCACUGCAACGAGUUCUUCUUCGACCGAAGCCCCAGUGCCUUCCGCUCCAUUGUCACGUUCCUGGCGGCCGGGAAGCUUCGUCUGCUGCGGGAGAUGUGCGCGCUCUCCUUUCAGGAGGAACUGUUGUAUUGGGGUGUGGAGGAGGCCAGUCUGGAGUGGUGCUGCUUGAGAAAGCUCCGUCUUCGGCAGGAGGAGCAGCGAGAGAGACUCCGGCUGGAGGAGGAGGAGGCUGAGCUGACCUCGUCCCAGUCCUGUGAGGAGGCGCCGGGCGUCGGUAGCCCAGAGGAGGGGCGUCUGGCUGGGUGCAUGCACAGCCUCAGAGACAUGGUGGAGAACCCUCACUCCGGGAUUCCUGGGAAGAUCUUCGCCUGCCUCUCGGUGAUCUUUGUGGCCAUUACGGCAGUUACACUGUGCGUCAGCACCAUGCCUGAUCUGAGGGAGGAGGAGGAGAGGGGUGAGUGCUCCCAGAGGUGCUACAACAUCUUUGUGCUGGAAACAGUCUGUGUGGGCUGGUUCUCCCUGGAGUUCCUGCUACGUUUCAUCCAGACGCAGAGCAAGUGGACGUUCUUACGCACACCCCUCAACAUCAUCGACGUGGUGGCCAUCCUGCCCUAUUACAUCACUUUGAUAGUGGACUCACUGUCUGUGGGCGACCGUCCCACCGGCUCAGGAAACAACUACCUGGAGAAGGUGGGAUUGGUCCUGCGAGUUCUUCGAGCAUUGCGGAUCUUCUACGUGAUGCGUUUAGCACGUCACUCUUUGGGGCUGCAGACACUUGGGUUGACCGUACGUCGCUGCACUCGAGAGUUCGGACUGCUCUUGUUGUUCCUAUGUGUGGCCAUGGCACUCUUCUCUCCGCUGGUCUUCCUGGCAGAGAGCGAGAUGGGCGCCAAGCAGGAGUUCACCAGCAUCCCCGGGAGCUACUGGUGGGCAGUCAUUUCGAUGACGACGGUUGGAUACGGUGACAUGGUUCCUCGCAGCAUUCCAGGCCAGGUGGUGGCACUCAGCAGCAUACUGAGUGGAAUCCUGCUCAUGGCAUUCCCAGUCACAUCCAUAUUUCACACUUUUUCACGGUCCUACCUGGAGCUUAAAGAGGAACAGAAUCGGGCCACACGGCACAAGCCCGAUUCACAAGACAGCACCAAGUCCCAAAACAGUGAGGAUUCACAGGACACUGACAGUUCCUUACAUGGAAUCACAGAGACCGCCGCAGUUGGUGCGCAUCACCGCAGAUUCGUAGCUGUGGCAAGUCAAGGAGCACCACAGGUCAGGAGAUCUCUAAAGUCGUAAUGCAAACUGCUGACUGUAAGACUAAGAGGAAAAAAACAUUUACAAAGACAUGCUACAGGUGAUUGGCCAUAAAUAGUACCUGUAUAAUCAGGUGACUUGACAAUAAUAGACAGUG